GAAGAAACUAUUAAGCCUACAAUUACCAUCCUGGAGUAGUAGAUUUUGCGAAAAUUAUUCUCGAAUGGAAUAUCCAAAAUUGCUAAAAACGUAUUCAUUAAGUUCUCAAGAUCGGACGGAACUUUAAACUUCGUCCUUAGAACUUUUAACCCGUAUUUAUCAUCUAGCCAGUCGGAUUUUGCAAAAAGUAUGAAGCACUCAUCAAAUGACUUUUCAUAAAGAUCUUUGAAAAUGAUAUUUUCUGCCAAUUUUCCACAGAUUCGGAUGGAAUGUUCGAAAUCGCUAAAGCACGCAUUCUUUAAGUUCUUAAGUAGAGCUUUGGAAAUAAGUUCAAGGCCAAUCGGAAGAAACCUAAAGCUUCCCCCAUGAAAUCGACCGCCAUUUCCAUUGAGAACAAAUGGAAUUUUCCGAAAUGUGUGAAACACGCAUCAAAUGAAUUUGAACAAGGUCUUUGAAGAUUAGCUUGAGGUCGAUCGGCGAUUUUUCCACACAUGCAGGUGGAAUUCCUCAAAUACCCGUCAUAAUGGGCACCUACAUAGCACAAGGUAACUACAGUAAAAAUUUCAUCUUCCUAGCUCUCACGGUUUGGCCCUUGCGUUGAUCAUCAAUCAGUCCGGUAGGACAAACAGUUUUAUAAAUGGAGAUCAAUUUAUGUCCAUGACUUAAUAUAUAUACAUACAUAUUAAAGGUUACAAGAGUCUGUCGUCUAAUUCUUAUGUGAACUGUGUUUUUAUGUUAUAUCUGGAACUAGUUCCAUGAGCGAAACCUUUCGUAAGACGCGUCAGCCCCGUUUACAAUCAUUGAGCUUAUAAAAAGCAACGAUAAGGCUGGCCCACUCACGAUUUUAGAUAAGCACAAUUGCCGGCUACGAGCACGAAUAUCAAAAACUGAUUAGUUUAAAUCGAGCCACGUUACGGAGCACAUUUGCAAGUUGCAGCAGUAUGUCACAGAAAGAUCAGUUUACAUUCCGUCGGGCUGAAAAGGAGGAUAUAAAAGCAGUGCUAGAAAUGAUACAGGAACUGGCUGACUUUGAGCGCAUGAGCGAUGGCCCCCAGCUGAGCGAGCAGGAACUAAUACGCGACGCGGGUCUUGAUGGUGGACCCGAAUAUUGCCAAAUCUAUGUGCUCACAGACAAUGCCACAAAGUCUAGCAUUGGGUAUGCUAUCUGCUUUAACUCGUACUCCACCUGGCAGGGACGUUCCCUAUUUCUCGAGGAUAUCUAUGUUCGUCCUGCCCACCGCAAGCGGGGCGCCGGUGCGCGCAUCUUUCGUGAAGUGGCCGCCAUUGCGGUUAAGCUAGGCUGCCGACGACUGGACUUCCAUGUGCUCAGCUGGAAUCCGGCGCGUAUGUUCUACGAUCAGCUGGGCGCAACAAAUUUAACGACAACGGAAAACUGGCAUUUUUACCGCGUAGAGCAACAACAGUUGGGCAAGCUAGCCGGCGAAUUGGAAAGAUAGCUGGUAGUGUCUUUCGAUCUGUCUAUUUUUGUUAGGCUUAUAAACAAAUCAGUGCUUAUUGCAAUAAAUAAUACUUGGCUACAUAAA